AUGAUGGAUAUCAAAAAGUCCUCUUCGGGCACCUCCAAAGCUCACCCGAUCUAUAAUGAUACCAAUCAUGCGCAGGUUACGUCCGUGUUGCCGGAUGGCGAUGUGCCAUAUACGGACCACGAGAUGGAUGCCGAUGAGCGAGUGAUUAUGGCCCUUGGAUACAAGCAGGAAUUCAAGCGCGAAUUCUCCCUGUGGACGACGUUUUGUGUCAGUUUUGCCGUUUUGGGUCUCCUGCCUUCGUUUGCAAGUACCCUCUACUAUGGAAUGGGAUAUGCAGGAACAGCCGGUAUGGUGUGGGGAUGGAUUAUCGCCAUGAUAUUCAUCCAAUGCAUUGCGAUGUCAAUGGCAGAGCUUUGCUCAGCUAUGCCAACAAGUGGCGGUCUCUACUAUGCAGCAGCGGUUCUCGCACCUCCUGGGUAUGGACCUCUAGCUGCAUGGAUUACUGGAUGGUCCAACUGGAUCGGACAGAUCACAGCAGCACCAUCAGUCGAUUACGCGCUGUCCGCGAUGAUCCUCGCCGCUGUCUCCAUCAACAACCCAGACUACGUCCCAACAUACUGGCAAACCUUCCUCCUUACAACGUUUAUAAUGAUCAUCCACGCAGGCAUCAGCAGUAUGCCAACCAAGCGAGUUGCCCAGUUCAACUCCUGGGGCUCAACCUUCAAUUUCCUCGCACUCAUAGCCGUCCUCAUCGCCAUCCCAGCCGGAACAAGCAACAGUCCAAAAUUCACACCCUCCAAGAAGGUCUGGGGCGACAUCACGAACCAAACAGACUUUCCAGAUGGUGUCGCCGUUCUGAUGACUUUCGUUGGGGUCAUUUGGACCAUGUCCGGCUACGACUCUCCUUUCCACCUGAGCGAGGAGUGUUCGAACGCAAGCGUUGCCUCUCCACGCGCCAUCGUCCUUACAUCCGGUGUCGGUGGGCUGAUGGGCUGGUUCCUGCAACUUGUCGUCGCAUAUACAGUACUUGACAUCGAAGCCGUCAUCGAUUCGGAUCUGGGCCAACCCUGGGCCUCGUACCUGCUGCAGGUGAUGCCGCAGAAAGCAGCCCUUGGCAUCCUGGGCUUGACCAUUAUCUGCGGUUUCUCUAUGGGCCAGGGUUGCAUGGUCGCCGCGUCACGAGUGACAUAUGCCUAUGCACGCGAUGACUGUUUCCCCUUCUCGAAUAUCUGGAAGAAGGUCAACCCCCACACGCACACCCCAGUCAACGCGGUGAUUCUGAACGCAGUCCUGGGAAUUCUCAUGUGCCUGCUCAUUCUGGCCGGAAACGUGGCUAUCGGUGCAUUGUUCUCCAUUGGUGCUAUUGCACAAUUUGUUGCCUUUGCUAUCCCGAUCUUCAUCCGAGUGUUCUUCGUUGGAAAUCGCUUUCGAAAGGGUCCCUGGAAUCUGGGUCCGUAUGGUCCGUAUAUUGGUGGAGUUGGCGUUUCCUUUGUCGUUCUCAUGGUUCCGAUCUUGUGUUUGCCGAGUGCAACAAAUGCGGACUUGACGCUCGAUCUGAUGAACUGGACUUGUCUGGUUUAUGGAGGUCCAAUGCUAGCAGUUCUCAUCUGGUGGGUGGUUGAUGCCCGUCGCUGGUUUACCGGUCCUGUGGUGAAUGUCGAGCAUGCCAUUCACCAUAUUGAGCAGGAGCCUGAAGUCAGCGAGGGUAUUGAGCCUGAUAAUCAUGAACCGGAUGAGACAGUCGUUCCAGGCAAGUCGGUUGAUGGAAAAUAA